UGUACAUAAACAUUUACAAAACCCCCAAAUGAACAAAAUUAGGGUUCUCUUCCUGGUCUCUCUACCGCGAAACUCGACCAACGAGAAUGGAGGCACACCCACCCAUUUCAGCUCCCGCGUGAUCCUACACGAUAGAGUAAGCUCAAGUUUUGCUGGGUUCAUCAAUGGUGGCAUGUAGUAUAAUCGUAACCAUCUUCUCUUACAAUUGCGAAAAGAUACCCCAUUGUUUCAUGGAACAGAGGCCUAGGUUGAGGGGAGUUGGAGCUCCUACCAAGUGUAGGAUAGACAGAUUUACAAGCCUUCCGGACCAUCUUGUUCAUCACAUACUUUCCUUUGUUGCUAUCACUGACCUUACUCGUUUCGGUUGCGCCUCUAAAAAGUGCAGAGAGCUUUAUCUGUCAACUCCUUCGUUGAAUUUGAACGGAUUUUCUCAUGCCAAUUUGUUAAAUGAUGAUAAGCGAUUAGAGUUGUUGAGUUCUUUGGAUAGGUUCUUAUUAGUUCAUCGAGGGGUUAAUAAGCUGAAACGUUUGUGUAUCUUUUUGAAUGCUUACCAAGGCAGUAAGAAUGAGGCAUUUCGAAUAAUCACAUGGAUCCACAGUGCUGUAAGGUGUAAUGUUGAAGUCCUUGAGCUUGAUAUUGGUGUACCCAAUGAGACACUGCCCUUUCCGUUGUCUGUCUUCCAUUGUGGAUCUCUGAGGUCUCUAUUGGUUAAGAUGAGCUGUCAGAUUCUUAAAGCACCCUCACUCACAUCUUUCUCUAAUCUUGAAUACUUGAAGUUGACAUAUGUUAUAAUAGGAGAUGAGGGGAUUUUCAAAUGGAUCUCUUGUUGCUGCAAAUGCAUUGAGACAUUAAUUCUUGAACAUGCUUAUGGGAGUAAAACUGUCACCAUUCAAAGCUCUUCUUUAAAAUCAUUUCACUUUGUGACCGAUUAUCUGGUUCGUCCCUGCAAUCUCAACAUCUCUGGUGGAAGACUUGAAGACAUAUUUAUUGACUGGGGAUUUAAUUCCGAUUUCAGCAGAUCAUUAAAUAUUUCUGCUCCAGAUCUUAAAUAUUUGAAAUGGUCAGGGAAUUUGUUGACUCAACAAAAUCUGGGGAAAAUGACCUGUUUACAGAAAGCUGAGCUCUUUCUGAAACCUGAAGCAGAUGACUUUAACAUGUUUGAGAUUCUUUGCAGCAUAAACAGGGUUGAAGUUCUUAUUCUAAACAAAGAGACCAUCAUGGCUAUGUACAAGGGAGGUUCCAUGUCAGCCCCAUUAGAAAAUGUUCAUUACUUGUCUAUUCAUAUUGGAAGUUUUCUUGACAUCCUAGUCCUCCCAAUGGCUUUGCUUCUUCAAGGAAUGCCUAAUUUGACUACUUUAGACAUGAAGUCUGACCCCUUCUUCCUUGACCCAAAUACUGAUUGUUCUGGGUUUAACAUGGGAUUUUGGAAGGUGCAAAGUCUUGAUUUUGUUCAUCAACUUAGAGAAGUAACCAUUGAGCUAUCCAGUGGAUCCAAUGGAAUCGAGUUUGCGAGGUAUAUCCUUGAGCAUGCUCAGAAUUUGAACAAAAUGACGAUUGUGCAUUCACCUCAUCAGUCUAAUGCUAUAAGGGCGUUAAAGAAAAGCAAGAUGGCUGCCAAUGCCAAAGUUGUCUAUCUGGAAGAUCAAAACAGAGGAACUGAAAAGCAAAGAGGAAGAAGGGUUGCCAGAUAAUCAAUCAUUAAAAGGUGCUAACAGGAUACAGGAUCAUAGAAUCAGAAGUAGAAGUUUGACGGGGAUUGUCGAAUCUCCUCCAGAGUUUCUCUCUCCACCUUUAGAUGCUGAAUCAAUCCUUUCAAAAACAUGAGGCAUUUUGUUUCUGAUUUUUGCUCGUCUUUUUUCAUCUGGUAGCUGUUCUCUAUCAGGGGGGGAAUGUUUAUGUGUCACAUCUAUAAUACUUUGUUCUAUGUAGUGUUUCAAUUGAAGUAUAUAUAUUAGUUUCGU